UUCAGUAUUCAAUGAAUCAAUAUUCAGUUUCGUUUCUUCGGCGCGAAGCUUCGACUUCAAGAUCAUCAUCAGAUAUGCAGGAAUACACAAUUUGUCGAUUUAGUCCUUUUAGUCUCGUUUAUUAUAUAAUCAGUAGUCGUUCUUGGCAUCUUGUAACGUAAGGAUUUGUUUUCGCUGCCUCAGUUUCGUUGUUAGGGUUUGUGCAGAAGCCAGGGGUUAGGGAAGAUCAGAACGAAGAAGCAGGCCUGUUCUGUGCUGUCAUGGAGCGAAAAUCCAUUCGCCAUCGCCUUGAUGAGUGCCAGAAAAACUUCGGAGACAGUGUAAUGGAGAUCAGAACGAAGAAUCCGGACUGGGCUGUCAUGGGCCGAGAAUCCCUUCGCGAUCACCUUGAUGAGUGCCAGAAAAACUUCAGAGAGAGUGUAAUUGAGCAGACGGUUGACCAUCUGCGCACAAACCCCUCCGAUCCAGACAUCAUUAAGUACCAGCCCUUAUACAAAAUCGUCCAUGAAACCCUACAACGCCAAAACAGUGCCGUCGGAGAGACCACGAUUUCCUCUCCUCCUCCCACAAACCCUACCGAUUACUCCGACAGCAAUCCCCGGACCUUCUACAGACAAGUCCAGCAAAUCCGACAGCAGCUAAACAGAACCGGAAACACCACAAUGCCGUCUCCUCUGCCCACAAAGCCCUCCGAUCAUUCCAACAUCAGUCCGCAACAAAACAGUAUCGGAAAUGCCACAAUGUCGUCUCCUUUACCCACAAACACCUAUGAUUACUCCAUCUUCAAUCCCCAGGUACGACAUCCGAACAGCAUCGGAAACACCACAAUUCCGUCUCUUCUGCCCACAAACCCCUCCGAUCACUCCCGCAUCUUGCCUCAGCUACAACAGCAAAUCGAUAUGGCAAAGACCACAAUGCCGUCUCCUCUACCUACAAACCCCUUCGGUUACUCCCACCUAAGGCCCCACUUACAACAGCAAGACACCAUCGGAAAGAUCACAAAUCCCACUCCACCACCUGCAAAUCCAUCCGAGUACUCCCAGAUCAAGCCCCAGCAACAACAGAUAAGCAGCAUUGGAAAGACCGCAAUGGCCUCUCCUGUGCCCACAAACCCCUCCCACAUCAAGCCCCAGCUACCACAGCAAAACAGCAUUGGAAACAUCACAAUACCUUAUCCCUGCCACAACGAAAAGGAACAGCUUCAUCUUCAUGACAAGAAAAGAAAAUUUUAUGAUUUUGACAAUGCAGCUUUAAGAAAUAAGCAAACAAGUAAUCUGGGUGGUUCUUCUACUCCAACAUUAUCAUCCUCCAAAUCAAAGGCAUCCACAGCAACUUUAGGAGAGAAUAUCGUGGGAGAAGGAACUCCAAAAUUGAGGGAAAAGGCGAAUAACAUUGGAUUGGAUGUGAUGACAGGGGACAAUAAGGGGAACAGAGCUAAUUUGGUCCUUAAUAAGGAAUUGGUUUCAAAUGGUAGUAAUUGUGGUUCAGUGGUGAAGAAGAACAAAUGUCCAAUGUUUAGGGAUUUGGCGGGUAUGGCUGAAGUGAUUAAGGAGUUGAAUACAGAGGUGCUGUUGCCGUUGAAAUAUUCGCGAUUGGCACGGUGGAUGGGAGUGCCACCCGCAUCUGGGAUUUUGCUUCAUGGCCCACCUGGAUGUGGGAAGACUAAGUUGGCUCAAGCCAUUGCAAAUGAGACUGGUCUUGCAUUUCACAUGAUUUCAGCUGCUGAUUUGGUAUCUUGUGUGAUAGGUGGCUCUGAAAAAAAUAUACGAGAACUUUUCGCAAAAGCUUAUAGGACUGCACCUUCCAUUGUAUUCAUUGAUGAGAUUGAUGCCAUUGCCUCAAAGAGAGAAAAUCUGCAGAGGGAAGUGGAGAAACGCAUGGUGACACAAUUGUUGACUUGCAUGGAUGAAUCGCACAAAAUAGAACAAACAGCUGCCAGUUAUUCAAGUAUAGAGAGCUCUUCUCAUAGACCUGGAUAUGUUCUUGUAAUUGGAGCUACCAAUAUGCCUGAUGCUAUAGACUCUGCACUAAGGAGACCUGGGCGGUUUGAUCUCGAAAUCAAUUUGGGUGCUCCAGAUGAGAAUGCAAGGUUUGAGAUUCUCUCAGUGAUUACUAAAAAUCUUAGGCUUGAGGGUUCUAUUGAUCUUGCAAAAAUAGCUAGGACAACACCAGGUUUUGUUGGAGCUGACUUGGAAGCUCUGGUUAAAAAAGCUGGCCGUCUUGCGAUGGGGCGAAUCUUUGACCAGAGGAAAGCUGAGCUAUCUAAAGAAUGUAUAGAUGAGGAGUAUAUUGAAGGGCAGUUAAGUCAUCUUGAAGAUACGGACAAGUGUGUCAUCACUAAGGCUGAUUUUGAGGAAGCAAUUUCGAUGAUACCCUCAUUGAGGAGAGAAGGGUUCUCUGCAAUUCCUGGUGUAAAAUGGGAAGAUAUUGGCGGGCUUGAUUCUUUAAGGGAAGAGUUUGAGCUAAACAUUGUUAAGCGCAUAAAAUAUCCUGAAGUUUACUCGAGAUUUGGAGCUGAUUUACAGACAGGUUUUUUGCUUUAUGGACCACCAGGGUGUGGUAAAACAUUAAUUGCAAAGGCUGUUGCUAAUGAUGCAGGAGCUAGUUUUAUUCACAUCAAGGGUCCAGAACUGCUGCAUAAAUAUGUUGGAGAAAGUGAGCGGAGCGUUAGGACAUUAUUCAGCCGUGCAAGGGCGUGUUCACCAUGCAUACUUUUCUUUGAUGAGGUGGACGCUUUGACAAAGAAGCGUACUGGAACAGAAUGGGGAGCAGUUAAUGAGCGUCUCCUAAACCAGUUACUUAUAGAGUUGGACGGUGCUGAUCAACGGCAAAGUGUUUUUGUCAUUGGUGCCACUAAUAGGCCUGAGGUGAUGGACCAAGCUGUCUUACGGCCUGGUAGAUUUGGCAAACUUCUAUAUGUCCCCCUUCCCAGUCCCACUGAGCGUGGGUUGAUCUUAAAAGCUGUAGCCAAGAAGAAACCUGUAGAUGUUACUGUGGACUUGGGUUCCAUUGCCCAAAUGGAGGCUUGUAAAAAUUUUAGUGGAGCUGAUCUUACUGCACUGAUGCAUGAAGCUGCAACUGCUGCUUUAAAAGAAAAAUUGAACAGCAUAUCAAUUGAGAGCUGUUCAGACACUAAUUCAUGGACAAUCAAGACAACCCAUUUUGAGCAGGCACUAGCUAAAAUCUCUCCAUCUGUGUCAGAAGAGCAAAUAAAACACUACAAGGAUCUGAAGAAUACCUUCAAAGUAGCAUAAGAAGAAAUGCCAAAACCAACUUUGAUCUGUCAAGGCUCUACAGAAAAUAGCACCAACUACUGACGCACUACCGUAGGAUUUGCAAGAGAUGAACAACAUUUCUUAUGCUGAGAUUGUGAUUCAAUCAACAAAGAAGAGAUACAGAAUACAAGAGAAGUCUGGAUGGGUUCCCCAUUAAGGGGAAAAAAAGAGCUAGUUUUUUUGAUAGGGUUGCUUCGGAGCUUUGGGGAUUUGCAGUGCUUUUGUUCCGUCUCUCUUUCCCGACUCUUUUUCAUGCUCUUUCUCCAUCGUUCACUCCUGUUCACAGAGGGAGUUCACUGGGUUACUUUGAUGGCGGAACAGUGACAAUGUUGGUUUGUAUUCGAAGAGAGUAUUCUCAUUGGCCGUUGGGUAAGUUAUCAAUGAUAUGCGUUCAUCAGAAUGGUAAGAUUUGGCUUAGGAUUAUUUGUUUUCUUUCGUCUAUGUUUUUUAUGAGUUAACUUUAUUCUGUUGUGAGUUUUUUAUUUUUCAAAUUUGGGUUGCUUUGGAGCUUUGGAUUUUAGUUUCUCUUUUGUGAGUUAAUUUUAUUAUGUUGCGAGUUUUUUUUUCCUAAUUUCUUUCUCACGGUUGCUUUGGAGCUUCAGAUUUUAAGUUUUGGGCUACAGCUUACAGGUAUUUUCUUUUCAUUCUCCUCUCUCAUUGUGUAGUUUGUGUUGGAUUCACUGUGCCUUCUCAUGCCAUGCUUCUAUUUUCGGACAGUUGGACAAGAGUAGUCAUAACCUCCAGAACUGCUUCUCUAUUUAGGUUUUUUUGUUUUUCACUUCAAAGGCCUCAACCUGAAGGGCUCUUUCAUGCUUAAAUGACUGCUUGGUUGUAAGAGUAAAGAUCAGGUUUGUAUUUCUAAGGUGACUGACUUUCUCUUUUGCAGGAAGGAAAUAAUUGGAUGGAUUCCCAUGUGCCGGCCUUUUUCAGGAUUUGAUCCAUCAUAUUUUUUACCCGAUAAUUGAAAGCAAAAAAAUCUUGAAAUUUAUAUUGGAGCUAGCUUUCCACAGUUUCCAAAUAAGAUAGAGUAUUAAGCACAUGCCUUCACAUAUAGACACAUUUUUAUCAUCGUUUUCAUUUGUUCUUAAUUGAGAUUUGAUCUUCAACUGAACAUUGCAGGAACUUGGGGAUGGAAAAGUUCUCCUUCGGUUAGCUCAUUUGUAUGAGCUUGCUGGUCCGUGACUACUGAAUCAAGACCUCUUGGGAGUUCCAGGUCAGUUUUGAUUUAUAAAAAUUGGUAGGAAAGUGCUAAACGCAUCGCUUUGAGCUGGAUUUUCUUGGAAUUCGUAUUUACAAUUUCUUGGUUGUUGGAAUGUAUUAUUUUCGUAUGGAUUACGUAUUGGGAUUUUGAUUUUCUCGCAAGAUAAGUUAAUUCUCUUUCUAUAAUUUAUAUUCCAAUUCUUAUAUUCAUUCAUUCUCAAUUAUUGGAUAUUAAUAUUCGAGUUCUUAUUUUCGUAGAGAAUUUCACAGCGCAUAUGGAAGAUUCGAUUCUUUGUUUGGGACUGUUAAUAAGGACCACUUUCAUAAAUAUGAUUUGCAAAAACUGCGAAGCUUGAAAAUUCAUACCAUAUUCAAGACGUUAGUUACUUUGGAGGCUUGCGACGAAUGUCCUACCGACUAGAGAAAGGUUAGUUGCUUAGCUAAACUUGAAAAAUGAAUAUGUGAUGUGCCCUUUGAUUCAAUGAAAAUUGGAUCACCAAAACAUUCGCUUAUUGCGAAGUAUGAUUGUAGACUUUGUUUCCAUCGUUGCAAGUAGUAUGUGGAUUCUGUAAAGUUACAACUGACACUUUUAUUUGAUGGUUGGAAGUCAUUCUUGAUCUUUUUGGAA